UAAUAAAAUAUGUAUGGUCAAAUUUAUCACUUUAGAACUGCGCCAUAAAAAAUGUCAUGAUACUGUAGAGCCAUCUUGCUUGUGCCCCGACAACUAAAAUCAGUGUUUCUUGGUGUUUUUAUUGAACGUGAGGUGUUUGUGUUUUUUAUUCUCUUCUAUGUACAUGAUAAAAAUAAAGAAAAUGAACAUUCAUAUUCAAAAUAUGGUAAAAUGCAAGACAAAUACACGCGGCUAUUAAAGAGUUUAAAUUUUAACGAUAGCAAUACAAUUUUUUUCGUAUUCCAAAAGCCAAGUAAAUUUUCUAUAAAAAAUGUUGCACUUAACAUUCAUUUCUCAUAUUAUUCAGCUAUUACUUAUAAAAUUAGUUCCAUGAUUCAGAGUACAACAGUUAUUUACAAUACGUUUAAACGAGAGUACUCAAGAUGGCACAGGAAGCUACUAAUAAAUUAAUUAGAGAAGACUUUGAUGCAGGUCCUUCGAGUUACACCGAAAUUAUUCCUGGUCUAUUCCUUGGAAAUCUAACAGCUGCUACAGAUAUUGAAUGGUUAAAAGAAACUAAAAUAAAUUACAUACUUACAGCAGAUUCUUGUCCUUUACCUAGGAAGAUCCAAGAGCUUUUGCCAAACUUGACUAUAAAAUAUAUUCAAGUUACAGACAUGCCACGAGAAGACCUUUUAACUCAUUUUGAAGAUUCUUACGAAUUUAUAGAUCAUGCUUUACAAUUAAAUGAUAAAAUAUUGGUACACUGUUAUUUUGGUGUCUCUAGAUCAGCUACAUUAGUUAUUGCAUAUUUAAUGAAAAAGUAUAAAAGGAGUUUCUCUGAUUCAUUUGAAGAGGUCAAAGGAAAGAGGCGCUUCGUAGAGCCUAAUGCUGGUUUUCUAGCACAAUUGAAACUUUACGAAGAAAUGGGUUUUGGAAUAGACAAUACCAGUGUACAUUUCAAGAUGUAUAAAUUACAAAUUGCAGCAGACAAGGUGAGAAAGGCAAAGAUCUUACCACAAACUUGCACAGAAUUGAUCAAACCAGAUCCAGCUCUGGCUACAGUACAUCCAGAGCCAACGGUCUAUCGAUGUAAGAAGUGUCGAAGAAUCGUGGCUAGUGCCAGCAAUAUUUUGCCACAUUUACCAAGAGAAAAACAAAUCUGGAGACACAUAAGUUCAAAAAGAUCAUCCAAACAAUCAAAAGUUUCGCGCGAUCCCGUAGAACCGUCGAAAAGAGAAGAACAACAACCUGUAGAAUUUUGUACUAAAAUACUGUUUGUGGAGCCCUUGGCUUGGAUGCCUGACAUAAUUCAUAAUGUCGAAGGGAAGUUAAAUUGUCCGAAAUGCGGUACAAAGUUAGGCUCGUUUAGUUGGAUAGCGGGCAGUCAAUGUCCAUGCGGUAGCAAAAUAGCACCAGCAUUUUAUUUGGUUCCUUCGAAAGUGGACUGGAGCAAUGCCGUACAAAACGUGCAAGUAACUGUAUAAUAUUAAAAAUGUAUUUGUAAAUUUAAGGACUUUUGGACGGACGAUAUAUGUAUAUAUACAUAUAGACAUUUUUGAACCUUUUUACGUGGUUCUAGAUCGUUUACCAUUGUAACGAAUAUAAUACGUGUGACCAAUAUUAUACGUAUGAAGAUUCGUAUUCUACUUUCGUGCCAAUAUUGAUAUAUUAUGUACGUACAAGUAAUCGUUAUUUUGUGAUUGUAAUUUUAGAUGUUUCUUAUCGCGAUAAGUAAAAUAUCGUUCUUCCACGAUUCGAUUCUUAUAUUCGUAUAUCUUCCUUUUUGCUACGAUUAAUGUACCGAAU